AUGAACAGCUACAGAUACUACUCGCUCCCAUCCAAGACCACGAAGACAAGGUGGCGGUGCUGCUCCCACAGCGGGCAGGGGUGCUCCGCCUUCAUAGUCACAAUGGACGACGAGGUCAUCACCAUGUGCCCAAAACACAACCACCCGCCAACCGCUGGAAACCGCGGGAAAAGGAUGUUACGAAUAAACGGCUACACGUACUACGCGAGCACCAUCGGGCCGAAGAUCCGGUGGCGUUGCUCCACCCACGCGUACUGCGGCUGCAACGCCGCCGUGCAGACCUACCGCGACGAGAUCGUCGUGAUCAAGGACAAUCACACACACCCGCCACGAAAC